AUGAGCGAUCAGAUAGAUAAGAUUUUGGAUGUACCUGUUGCUUGGGAUGCAGACGAUAAUGAAGAUCAAAUAAAUAAAUACAUAGAUGAAUCUAUGGAUAUUUUGGUCAAUAGAACAAAGCUAUUAAAGAUAAAAGAAGAGAAGAAGAAACAAAGAUUGAAUGAAUCGGCGACGUCGUCAUCAUCAAGUAAACAACAGAUACAACAACAAAAACAACAAAUUAAAAAGGAAGAAGAAGUAGAUAUAGAAGAACCAAUUAUAUUGGUUAAUUUUACAAAGUUUACUGAUGGUCAUGUCUGUUGGAACAACGAAGAGAACAAGUUGUCCGGUGAACGAUUGUUUGAUGUUCUGGUGAAGAAGAUCAACGAAUCGAAUGAAUCGUUCACCAGAGUCACCGAGGAUCUCUGGCAACGAGGAUUGGCAUUUCACUCGACGAACAAGCGGUGGCGUGACGAUAUCAAACAGUUGGAGCAGCAGUCAAACGGUGACUUCUUCUCGAUGCUGACGUACCCGAUGGUGGUGGGUGACUUUUUGGUGAGCGAGAUGUGGCGAAAGAUCAAGGAGCGUACCGAGUGGAAGAGUGUCGAUAUCCUAAAGUGUGUAUAUAUUGCCAAGUGCAACAAGUCGAUCACCUACAAACAUCAGAUGGCACUGGCAUUGGAGUUCAUGGCCAUGGAACAGCAGAUUCUCGGUCCGACCGCCAAGCUGCUACUCGAGGAGGAAGACAUCGAAGCACAAGAAGAGAUCAAACGUUAUGAAAGAGCACUCUACAAGAAACAUGAAAAAGAAAUCACCAAGCGUAUAAUCGACAAACUACAACAAUCUAUUAAUAUAACUGAAGGAAUAGAUUUAAAUGAUAAAAGAAUAUUUGAUAAUAAUAACAGUAAUAGUAAUAAUAAUCAACAACAAGGUGAAGAAGAAGAUAAUGGUGAAGAAGAAUAUAGUUAUGAUAAUAAUGAAGAUGAAGAUUAUGAAGAAGAUGAAAUAGAGGAUAUAAAGAAUACUAAUGUAAAUGAUAAGAAUAGUAGGCAAGAAAGAGAAGAGCAAGAAGAAGAAGAUGAUGAUGAAGAUGGUCAACAGAGUUAUCAUGAAAGUGAAGAGUAUAUAGAUGAAGCAGAUAAUGAAGGUGAUGAUGAAAUAAAGAAUAAUAAAAAAAUCGAUAAUAGCAUUAAUAGUAAUAGUAAUAAUGAUAUUGAUUACGAUGAUGAUCAAUAUGAAGAUGAUGAAGGGCAAGAGGAAAUAGAUCAAGAAAAGAAAGAUAAUGACGAUAUUGAAAAGAUGAAUCAAGACACUGACUUGAUUCCACCGAAACCAACUAUGAAUAUACUAGAUCAAGUGAUGGCAAUGGUAUUCAGUUCUCUGACGAUCACAUCAGACAAAGAAUCACACUAUAAAUCAUUAGCUAGAAUUCAGCAAUCAGUAAAAGAUACAUGGGUAGAGGAAUUUGGAUGUCUUCCACCAACUUGUAUCUGGAGAGAAGAUAUGUCAUAG